CCUGCUGCUUAUUAGAUCACCAGAUCCGUCGGCGGGUGCUGAUCGUGGAGGGGAUUUCUUCAGACAUGCCAUCAGCGGGAUUUGAGCUGUUAGGCGUGACUCUGGCUCUGCUGGGAUGGAUCUCCGCCAUCGUUUCCUGCGCCUUGCCCAUGUGGAGAGUGUCGGCGUUCAUCGGCGUGAACAUCGUGACGGCGCUGACCAUCUGGGAGGGCAUCUGGAUGAGCUGCGUGGUCCAGAGCACCGGCCAGAUGCAGUGCAAGGUGUACGACUCCAUGCUGGCUCUGAGCGCCGACCUUCAGGCCGCCCGCGCCCUCACUGUCAUCUCCGUUGUGUUGGGGGUUCUGGGACUCCUGAUGUCCGUCAUGGGGGCAAAGUGCACCAACUGCGUGGACGAAGAGGCGGCUAAAGCGCGGGUGAUGAUCGCCUCCGGAGGGGCUUUCGUUCUGGCCUCCCUCACCCAGAUAAUCCCCGUGUCCUGGUCCGCUCACGCCAUCAUCACGGAGUUCUACAGUCCGGCCAUACCAGAGGCCCAGAAGAGGGAGAUCGCAGCCAGUAUGUCUAUAGGACUGGAGCUGAUUGGCAUCUCCCUGUGCAUCCUGGGAUGGAUCAUCGCCAUCGUGGGGUGCGCCCUGCCCAUGUGGCGGGUGACGGCGUUCAUCGGCAGCAACAUCGUGACGGCGCAGAUCAUCUGGGAGGGCCUGUGGAUGAGCUGCGUGGUGCAGAGCACCGGCCAGAUGCAGUGUAAGGUGUACGACUCCAUGUUGGCGCUGUCACCGGACCUCCAGGCGGCCCGCGCUCUCACCGUCAUCUCCAUCCUGCUGGCCAUUCUGGCCGUGCUGGUGGCCAUCGCCGGGGCAAAGUGCACCAACUGCAUCGAGGACGAGGCCUCCAAGGCCAAGGUGAUCAUCGUGUCCGGGGUGCUAUUUAUUGUUUCUGGCGCCAUGCAGCUCAUCCCCGUUUCCUGGUCGGCCCACACCAUCAUCAGGGACUUCUACAACCCGCUGCUGACCGACGCCCAGCGGCGGGAGCUGGGGGCGGCGCUGUACGUCGGCUGGGGCGCCGCCGCGCUCCUGGUUCUCGGAGGAGGACUUCUUUGCUGCUCCUGUCCGCCUCGGGAGACGAGGUACAACAGCUCCAGGAUGGCGUACUCAGCCCGGUCCGCGGGCGGCCCGGUUUUAGAGAGAAAGGACUACGUAUGAGUGGAGGUCAAACACGACCGGAUCCCACAGGAACGCUGAGUCCGCAGGGGAAGGGACUUCAAGAAAACAAGAGUUUUACUGCAAAGACGAAACUUUACCAAGAGCUUUUGUCUAGUUUAUUUCUGCAAAUAUCCCAGUCCUCCUGGAAAAAGGACAAAACUAACAAGUAACUUUCUGGAGCUUGUUUUGAGUCAAUA